AGCUCUCCAGGCUCCUUAGUCUUCCCUCCCCUUGGUCCCGAGACCCAAAGGCAAACAUGGUCCACUGGCUGCUCUUGCUCUUGGCUGCCCUCCCUGUCUGGGGACAGGAGCCCAUAAACCCCGAGAACAUGCUGCCUGGCUGCCCAGACAUCGUGCCCAGGUCUGAGUGGGGGGCCCUGCCCUCUCGAUGCCUGCAGCCCCUGAAACUGCCCGUGGAGUACGUGGUGGUGUCUCACACGGCCGGCCAGCCCUGCUCUUCAGCCUCGAGCUGCGAACAGCAGAUGAGAAACAUCCAGUCGUACCACAUCAAUACCCUGGGCUGGUGUGACAUCGCCUACAACUUUCUGAUUGGAGAAGAUGGGCUGAUCUAUGAGGGGCGAGGGUGGUCCACCCUGGGAGCCCACACAGGCCCAACCUGGAACCCCAUCUCGCUGGGGAUCAGCUUCAUGGGAAACUUCAUGAACCGAGCUCCUUCUCCCCGAGCCUUACGGGCAGCGCAGAGCCUCAUUAGCUGUGGCUUGCAGCACCAGGCAAUCUCGCCUCAGUAUAUGGUCAAGGGCCAUCGGGAUGUCCAGAACACGGCCUCACCUGGGGACAGGCUCUACGCCAAAGUGCGAACCUGGGCCCACUACCGCGAGUGAGAGCUCAGCCCUGCCUCCUGUCUGCCUCCAGCACCCACGGCCUCCAGUCGGCCUCACCCAGCCAUGCCUUUCUCCAGCAUCCCUCAAUAAAGUUUCCCAGGUCCCUGCA